AUGCGAGCCUUUUUCAAGAGGCAUCCAGAGAUACGGGAAAGAAUUGGACAACCACUUGGCCGUGAGAGAGCAAUUGUGACAAAGGAUGCUCUAGGUGAAUGGUUUCAGCAAAUGAAACAUUACCUGGACACCAUCGAUCCCACUUUGUUGACCUCUCCUGACCGGAUCUUUAAUGCUGAUGAAAGUGGUUUUAAUAUAUGUCCAAAGACAAAGAAAAUCAUCAGCAUGACAGGAGCAAAACACGUCUACUCUGUCACAAGUGGCAAACGGCAGCAAGUGACAAUGUUGGCCUGCUCCUCUGCCAUGGGGCAGUACCUUCCACCGCUGCUGAUCUUUCCCUACACCAGAGAUCCUCGCUUCAAUGCGUUGGAAGGUUUUGAAGAGGCUUUUUUUCAAAAAACUCCAAAUGGUUGGAUCACUGAGGUGGUCUUUCUUAGCUUUCUGAGGGACAUUUUCAUUCCCAAAUUGGGAGAAAAGCGACCAGUGGUGCUGUUUGUGGACGGCCAUUCCAGCCAUCAUUCCCUGGCAAUCUGCACGCUGUGUAACGAGAAUGGUGUCAUCCUUUACUGCCUGAAGGCGCAUGCCAGUCACCUUAUCCAGCCACUGGAUCAAGCUUUCUUUGGGGCAAUCAAACUAGCAUGGAGUGAAGCCGUCAGAAAGUUUCAGUACCAAACUGGAGAGAGUGUCACCAUGUGCACGUUUGCCCGCACACUAAAGAAAGCUUGGGACACUACAGCACGACCAGAGCUUGCUUACAAGGGAUUUGUUAAACAAGCUGAAGCCAAGCUGCAGUUUCUCCAGCGCUGCUCCAGUCACUCUCCCUACCUCAGCAUCUUUUGGCAUCACUGCUCUUCCCGCAUGUACCCCAACAAUCUCAACCUCUGUUCCUUCUGCUUCACCAGCAGCCAAAUCCAAGUUCCCUGGGCCAGAACAAAGAACUCCCACUCUCUCAGCAUUCUCCAACAUUUUUGA